AUGGACAUGUCCAACAACUCCCUUCCACCUCUCUCCAAUGAUUGCUUCCCCAAUCAGUUGAUGCAUGGGGAGCGCCCAGCCCCAGAGAGUGUGGGGAUGAGCCAUCCUGUGGAGGCGAUGCAAAAGAAGAGUCUCGUCAGUGCGGAGGCUCGCACUAUGGAGACAGCCUCGGUGAUGUUCGGCAUGAACAUGCCUAGCAGAAUGCUAAUGGAACGUAACCUCCUCAGUACUUUUCAUCGACUGCCUGGUGCUGGACCGUCGAGCCUUCUGGGUCUAGAGACUGUUAUGGGGAUGGACGACACCAUAGAGGCGGCUGAUUACAUGAAUCUUCCUGAGAGUUCACCAUUCCCGCGCAGCAGGAAACCGGUCCAUGAUCAGAUGGAGCAGAAGUUAGAUAUGUGA